GUGAAGAAGUCGUUUUUUGACUUAAGGACUGUGGAACAGUAACACCUUGGUUUACAGCAAGACUAUAUAGUAUUUGUUUGUUUUGGAGAGAGGGAAGGAGAGAGAACGAGGGAGUAGAGUGUAAAGAGAGCGAAAGAGAGGGAGAGGGAAGGAGAGGGUGUGUUUGAGAGGUAAGGGUGACAGGAAGAAACUUGAGAGAGAGAGAGAGAAGUCCAACACAGCUACUGAAACAUGUCAGCUGUUGGUUAAGGGGGGUUGAAGAAGAAAAAUAGUUAAUAGGGAAGAGGUGUGAGAGACAGAGAGGCAGGGUCAGGGUGUAUGCAUGCCAGCACAAUGGAGAGACCCUCUUGUCUCCCACGGAGCAGCAAGAUGAACAGCUACAUCACCAACGCCAUCUCUGACUUCUUCUUCAAGUAUGAGACCCCCCGCCAGGUGCUGGUGCAGAACAGGAGAGUGGGGGUCGUGUGCCGAUUGAUUCAGCUGGGGGUCCUGGCUUACAUCAUCGGUUGGGUGUUUAUCUAUGAGAAAGGCUACCAGUCGACAGACACGGCCGUGAGUUCUGUCUUUACUAAGAUGAAAGGGGUGGGCUACACCAAGGUGGAUGGAGAGGAGAGGGUCUGGGACAUGGUCGACUACGUCUUCCCUGUACAGGGAGACUCAUCUUUUGUGGUGAUGACCAACUACAUUAUAACCAAAGGUCAGAAAAUGGGAAAAUGUCCUGAGCUCGCAGAACCCAGGUAUCUCUGCAACUCCGACUCAGACUGUGAAAUAGGGAUAAUAGAACGUACAGGACAUGGACAUAUGACGGGGAAGUGUGUGGGGAACACAACCAAGACGUGUGAGGUUGUAGCCUGGUGCCCUGUGGAAGAUGACAGCAAAAUCCCAGAUCCCGCACUUUUGAUGUCGGCAGAGAACCACACACUGUUCAUCAAAAACUCUGUCACCUUUCCAGCAUAUGGUGUUAAGAGGAGUAACCUUGUAGAAGGUAUCGACAAUCAGUACAUCAAGAGUUGUGUGUAUGACCCGACAACGUCCCCACUGUGUCCCAUUUUCAGACUGGGUGACUUGGUACAGCUGUCUGGCUUCAACUUCGCCACCAUAGCCAAAAUGGGCGGGGCGAUUGGUAUCGUCAUUGACUGGACCUGUAACCUGGACUAUGACCAGUCAAAGUGUAAACCGAUCUACACCUUCCACGGUCUCUAUGGAAAUCCCAAUGAGACAGACAUGGCUAGAGCGUCUGUUGGAUACAAUUUCCGGUAUGCAAAGCAUUAUAUGGAGGACAAACAGGAGAAAAGAACACUUCUGAAAGUGUUUGGGAUUCGAUUCGACAUCAUUGUUCGUUCAGUGGCCAGAAAGUUUGAUAUCAUCCCAACACUAACAGCUAUAGGGUCUGGCGUUGGAAUCUUUGGAGUGGCGACUGUAGUAUGCGAUCUGAUCCUUCUGUAUCUACUACCAAAGAGGGAGUUCUACAACAACAUGAAAUUCAAGGUCACAGAAACAGUAGAGCAGCUAUUCUCUUUAAAGAGGCUAAAUGAGACAGGAAGACCGUUGGUUUUUUAUUUGCAGUGCGACAACCUGAGGCUGGGUAUAAACACGUUCAUCUAUUACAUCCCCGACGUCUAUGCAGGACCACAAGUCUCAGCCAAUAUAAUCCUACAACACAAAGAACCUUUAGACGAGUUCUCGUCAGAAAAAUAAGUAUCCAAGGAGUGAUCCUACAAAGGGUAGAUUCAUGACGCUUGGGCUCCAGACAGCAGAAACAGGUGGAUCCGGCUCCUGCAGAACACAGACUCCAGGCUGUACUGCCAUGCAGAGGACACUUGGACAGGAAAAGACAGUCUCAAACAACAUUCUUCUCUCAUCAGCUCAAUUAUUCAACUGCUAAUUAUUUAUACCUUCAAAUCUUGGCAACAGACUUCAAAUGAGGCUAUCUGUUUAGGAUAUAAACCGAGAUAAAUACAGAAUAUUAUUCUUUCAGAGAAGCAGCCACCCUCCCUAAAAGCACUGUUCUCUCAACAUUGCAGAAUUAGCACUGUGUAUUAGUUGAGUGUUGGUUCAUUACCUCAAAGCGCCAUGGUUUAUAACACAUUUUAGGCAGCCCUUCUUUACGGGAGAACCACCAAUUUCCAACUUGAUAUGACCAUUAUAACACGGUUCCAUAACAUUUUUAUAACACGGUUAUAACAGCCCUCUACUUUAUGGUAGCACCACCCAUUUCCAACCUCUUCCAUCGGCACAGAGCCCUCAAUGUUGUCUUCAAGAGACAACACUAGAAUGACUACUGGUGGGGUACUCCACUUUGAAAGACACAUAAAUAAUUAUGUAUUUUAGGUUAUAUCUUUCUCAUUAACAGUUUGCGAUUGCCACUUGAAUUCAAUAAACCAUGUUCUGAGUUUAGGUUA